AUGGCCGCGAUGUUCCCUGUGGGUUUUAGAUUUCGUCCCACAGACGAAGAGUUAGUGAGGUCUUACCUUUACCCAAAAGUAACAGGAACACAAACCCAAGGGGAUGAUCUUAUUCCAAAACACGAUAUUCCAGAACACGAUCUUUACGCACCCAACACUGAACCUUCGAAAAUUUGGAAUCAAUUUGGAGGGAAAAAUCUGGAAGAAAAACAGGAAGAGCUCGAGCUCUUGUUCUUCACAAGGUUGAAGAGGGUCUCCUCCACCGGCUCUCGCAUCAAGCGAACCAUCGGCGGAGGCUGUUGGAAAGGCGAUGCUUCGGGAAAGUCUGCUAAGAAUGUUUUGGAAACAAAGAGUAAAACGAUGAAAAGAAUAGGAUUUAAAAAGACUUUCCAUUAUAAGAAUGAUCAGUCUAAAGACAGCAAUCGUUGGAUCUUGCAUGAGCUUUCCUUGGACGAGUCUUUUCUACGACAUGCUAAGAUAGGAGACAUGGUAGUUUGUCGACUGCGAAAACAACCUAAAAAAGAAGAGAUAAUCCCAAGCACACACGUAUCAAGUCAGACCAGUCAAAAUGCAAAUUUGAUGUUAGAGUUUUUGCUAGAACUUUUGCAAUCAAAUUCAAGAGAAAUAACAAUGGCACCCACGAUGAUCCCUGUGGGUUAUAGGUUUUGUCCCACAGACGAAGAUUUGGUGCUUCACUACCUUUACCCAAAGGUAAUAGGAACACAAACCCGUGAGGACGAUCGUAUUCCAGAACAUGAUCUCUACGCACCCAACACUGAACCUUGGAAAAUCUGGGAAGCAUUUGGAGGGCCAAAUCUGGAAGAAAACCAGGAAGAGCUUGAGCUGUUGUUCUUCACAAGGUUGAAGAGGGUCUCCUCUACGGACUCUCGUAUCAAGCGAACCAUCGGCAAUGGUUGCUGGAAGGGCGAUGCUUCGGGAAAAUACGCUAAGGAUGUUUUGGAAACAAUGACGAGGACAAGAAUUGGAUUCAAAAAGACUUUCCAUUAUAAGAAUGAUGAGUCUAAAGACAACAAUCGUUGGAUCUUGCAUGAGCUUUCCUUGGACAACUCUCUUCUGUCGCAAGCUAAGAUAAAAGAUUUGGUAGUUUGUCGGCUGAGAAAACACCUUAAGAAAGAAGCGAUAACUCCACAUACAAAGGUGUCAAGUCCAGCUACAGAUUUGAUGUUAGAUUACUGGAAAUUAGAUUCAGGAGAAAUAUUAUUUGAUCCCCAAUAA